GGCAGCAGGCAGAGGUCUAACCGUGCGCCUGCGUACUGCGGCCGGAGGGCCGAGGUCGCGCGGCGAGCCCCUCACAAGCUGUGCAAACCGCGCGACAUUUUCUCCCGAGCGCCGCGGCGGUGAGUGACGCCUGAGGGGCCGCGCCCUGGGGACGCUGCGGCUGAGGGUCCCCAGCUGAGUCCGGCCUUCCGGGCGAGCGAGGGCCUAGGAGCCAGGGUGACCUUCAGGCUUCCUCCGGGAGUUGCUGGCGACGCUGAAGAAGCAGAAGCAAGUCUUUUUUUUUUUUUUUAAAAAUUGUUGAGAGUAAGCAGCCUCAAAUAUGGACAUAGCUGUGUUUAAGAGAUCUUGUGAGACCACCGUGCGAACAAGGCGAUGAUUGUCCAAAGAGUGGUACUGAAUUCCCGACCUGGAAAAAAUGGUAAUCCAGUGGCAGAAAAUUUCCGAGUAGAAGAAGUAAAUUUACCGGAUAAUAUCAGUGAAGGACAAGUGCUAGUCAGAACUCUUUAUCUUUCUGUGGAUCCUUACAUGCGUUGUAGAAUGAAUGAAGACACUGGCACUGAUUAUAUAACACCUUGGCAACUGUCUCAGGUGGUUGAUGGUGGAGGUAUUGGGAUUAUAGAAGAAAGCAAGCACAAAAAUUUUACUAAAGGCGAUUUUGUGAUUUAUUUCUAUUGGCCCUGGCAAACCAAGGUGAUUCUGGAUGGAAAUAGCCUUGAAAAGGUAGAUCCUCAACUUGUGGAUGGACACCUUUCAUACUUUCUUGGAGCUAUAGGUAUGCCUGGUUUGACUUCCUUGAUUGGGAUACAGGAAAAAGGUCAUAUAACUGCUGGAUCUAAUCAGACAAUGGUUGUCAGUGGGGCUGCUGGUGCUUGUGGAUCCUUGGCUGGGCAGAUUGGCCAUAUAAUGGGCUGUUCCAGAGUAGUGGGAAUUUGUGGAACACAUGAGAAGUGCCUCUUUUUGACCUCAGAACUGGGCUUUGAUGCUGCAAUUAAUUAUAAAAAGGAGAAUGUGGCAGAACAACUCCGUGAAUUAUGCCCAGCUGGAGUGGAUGUUUACUUUGACAAUGUUGGCGGUGACAUCAGUGAUACAGUGAUAAGUCAGAUGAACCAGAGCAGCCACAUCAUCCUGUGUGGUCAAAUUUCUCAGUACAACAAAGAUGUGCCUUAUCCUCCUCCACUACCCCCUGCCGUAGAAGCAAUCCGGAAAGAAAGAAACAUCACAAGAGAAAGAUUUCUGGUGUUAAAUUAUAAGGACAAAUUUGAGUCUGGCAUUCUACAGCUGAGUCAGUGGUUUAAAGAAGGAAAACUAAAGAUCAAAGAGACUAUGAUAAAUGGAUUGGAAAACAUGGGAGCUGCAUUCCAGUCCAUGAUGACAGGAGGUAACACUGGGAAGCAGAUAGUUUGCAUUUCAGAAGAAACCUCUUUGUAAUCUCUAUAAACGUCUUCAUCAAGGAAAUACAUAGAUUUCUUUCCAUUUUGCACAAAGAUUUUCAAGAUACGUUAAAAAAAACCUUAGAAUACAGAUAGUUUUUGAUUUAAAUGUGACCAUAGGUGAUAUUUUCUUAGUUGCAUAAUUCUUUCCUGUAUUUUCAAUAUCAUAUCCGUACUCUACAUCCAGCAUAUGAGUAUUUACAACAAUAGAUUGAAGUCAACAUGAUCUAUUUUUCUUUCUUUUACUAAAACUAAUAUUACAUAUGAUAUUUUUAUCAGAUAUUCUGAAACUGCUGGAGAUUUGAUAUAACUGUUAAUGGAUCAUACAAAAUAGCUUUUUAAAAUUAAUAACUUUGAUUUAAAAUGGAAUGCUUGAGAAGGCACUUAGUAACUAUUUGCUGAACUAGAAGUGCUUUACAUAAUUCCUGAACUGAAACUUGGCAUAAGAAUAGAAUUGGGAUGGCCUUUGCAUGUUGUAGAUGGAAAAGGGACUUAAUGGCAGGGUGUGUGUGUAGGAGUUUGGGGUAAUUCAGAGCUUGUGGAACAGUUUUUGGGAUAGGAGAGCAGAGGCUUUGUGUUGGGAGUAGUAUGAGAAGAUAAGUAACUGAGGUCUGUUAGGUUGACGGAAAGACUAGAUUUAUACAGAAGAUGAUCUAUUUGUGUUUUGCCAAAUAAUUUACUGUAUAGCCUAAAAACUCAAAUAUAUAUUGAUAAAAGCAUAUGUUUAUUUUAUAUUAGCAGGCACAUACUGUCAAAUAAUUGUAAAGAUUUCAAGGGCAAAUAGAUAAACAUCACUUGGAGUUUUAGGUGAUUAAAAAGAUUUAGACAACAAAUAUAGCUUCAGAAAAUGACUGGCCUGACUGGGCAGAUUAACAAAUGGUUGUAAACAUGAAUGUUCAAGGUCUACUAAUGUACCUCUAAAUAAGAGACUUUGUUUUAUUAAUUGUAAUCAACCCUUUAGAACAGUAAAAUUGAUAUUAUUCUGA